AACCCCAACCCUACUUUCUUUCUUUUCUUUCUCUUCUUCUCCAAAAGGUAGUAUAAAUACAAGACUGCUCUGCUCACUCUCCCUCUUCUCUCUCCAUUUCUCUCUCUCUAACCAACUGCUGCAAACGGCCCUCUCUCUCUCUCUCUCUCUCUCUCUCUCUCUCUAACAAACAACAGAAACCAGCCUCCUCUCUCUAACCAACAACAGUAAAAUCCCAUUUUCUCCUCUCUCAUCCACCUGGUUUCUAUCCCCCACUUUCUCUCUCUUCUUGUUCCUCCACCUGUAUUUUCCCUCUUCCACUUGUCUCUGUCUCUGUCUCUGUCUCCGUCUCUCUCUCCAUGCGAACUUAGCACCAACAUAGAUUGAGAAAUUCAUAGAUGGGUAAGUACAUAAGGAAAUCGAGGACGAAAGGUGAGAUCGCGAUUAUGGAGGUUUCUCAGUCUCUUGGUGUUCGAACUCGGGCCAAAACCCUUGCUUUGCAACGGCUUCAGAAAUCGGCGGUCACGCACCCGUCGACGGCGGCGGUUUCCGGUGGUUCGUACCUCCAGCUCCGAAGCCGACGACUCGAGAAGCCUCCGAUCUUCCUGAGUGGAGGCAAUUCGAAAAGGCAGAAGCAACCUCACAAAGAAAGCUGUCUACCAGACCCUAGCCGGAACCAAAACCCUAAUUCUAGAACGGGGUCGAGGUUGAAUUCGGGGUCGGUCUCGCUCGAUUCUUUGAACAACAAGGAGGUGACAGGGGAUGUGGUGGGUGAAGAGAACGAGGUUCUCGGAAACAAGAACGGUGCUGAUGUGGGAAUUGAAGCUUCUUUUGGAGAGAAUGUGUUGGAAUUUGAAGGUAGAGAGAGGAGCACCAGGGAAAGCACACCUUGCAGUUUGAUAAGAGAUGCAGACAACAUCAGAACCCCUGGUUCUACGACGAGGCCCACCUGCUUGAACGAGACCAACAAGAGAGUACAAAAUUCAAUUCAGAGACACAUCCCAACAACGCAUGAAAUGGAUGAGUUCUUUGCUGGUGCAGAAGAAGAGCAACAGAAACAAUUUAUUGAGAAGUACCCCUCAUUUAUAUCUCUAGCAUGUCUUUAGUACAACUUUGAUCCGGUGAACGAGAAGCCCCUCCCCGGAGAUUAUGAAUGGGUGAAAUUGGAUCCUUAGAAGGUGUUUUCCAUCAGGACUAUCUUUUCCUGCAAAUUAUCUGCUGACCUGAAUCCGUAGCAUAGUUGAAAAUAUUCGCAGGAAUUGUUUUUAGUUAGUUUUUUUAUGGUGAUGAUAGUAUUUGCAUUUUCCAUCAGCACCUUUGUUUUACUUGUAAAGAAGUAGGGGUAUCAAAAAUUUUAAGUGUAGACUAAUGAUCUGUAACAUAACAGAGCUUGUGAGUUAACACAACAAAAUACAAGAAGGUCCUUGUCUAACAGAUCAUCAGAGGGGAAGGGGAAGAGGAUGGUAGGGUUAGGGUUUAAUGAACUAGGGUUAGUCUAAGUGGUACAGAAAGUUGGUAGAUUUUAUAUUUUUUCUUUUUUUCCUCCUUUGUCCUGUAUUUUCCUCCCCUUUGUUGUCUAUACUUGUACUGAUGGAACUUAAAAAAAAAAAACUCUCUUGGAACAAGCAUGGCAUAGUUCUCUCCUCUCCGUGUUUUGUCUUUACUUGUAUCAUCAUUCAUGUCAUGCUGCAGUUGAAUUUUGGCCUUCAUGUGAGACAAUGCACCUUCUACCCACUUAGAAGAUGCUGCCUGCCUCUUACUGUGGUUUUAGGCCACAUUGUUCAUUGACCUACCAGUCUUUAGCCUCUUCUCUGAAUGGCUGGUGAUGUUACAGGUAAUGGUGGUGGGGCUGCUUUGUUGGUGGAAAGGUGAUGGAAGUGUCAUGUCUUUUCUUUUUUUUUUUUUCUUUUUUCUUUUUUUUAUAUCAGUGCUAGUUUGUGCUUAUGUAUAUUUCAUGCAACUAUUUUUGGAAGUAUAAUUGUAAAUUUGUUCAUGUUCAAAA